UAUGACUUUUCUAUAAUUUCAGAAAAUUCAUUUGACAAGCUGAUGGGAAAAUUUCAGAUAUCCUUGCAACAUCAUUAUGAAAACAGUGAUGCUGUGCCACUCUGUGACCCUGGACUGAUGAAAGAGUUUGCAGACAAAAGUGCACUUAGUCUUUUCGGAUCAAUAUCAGUGUCUGGACAACUACCCACCUACCCCUCCCCUAACUCAACAACAGUCAAUUGACCACAAGUUAAGGUUAAUGUUGGGUUAGGGGAGGGGUAGGUGGGCAGUUGCCCAGAUACUGAUAUUGAUCUGUCUUUUCAAUGUCAUUUUGCAGUCUAUUCUCUGGGAAGAUCCGAGAUUGAGUGAAGAACACCAUGUAUUACAGGAAAAAAGAACCAUUGUUUUGUUGCACAUAAUAGCAUAU